AUGACAAUGGGGUGCACGCAGGCUGAGAUGAUACUUGGCACUUCAGACAUGGACGAAUCCUCAACACGAUGUCAUGAAAAGAGCCUCAACGGCGUAUCCCAGGAGGAGCUACCAAGAGCUCCUGGCAAAGGAAGGCUUUUCGACCUGGCAUACUGCGCGGCCUCGGAGCUAGGUCUUCCAAAUCGAUUGCACCGAUGCUUAUGUCAGUUGCUGUCCAGCGCCGAGCCCUUCGAUUCGAUUCGAGAGGAGCAAGGCGUAGUGCAAGGCGCGCAUGGAAGCGGAGCUGAUUCGUGGACAACGGAUGAACAGGAGAAUGAUUGGUCGUGGCAGAUGCCCGCGCAUACCACAGAGCGACCCGCAGCAAACACGACAUACUCAACGCGGCAGACCUCAGAGCAGUCCAGGUGGCAAAGCCAAGUGGAUUUCGCGCGGCAGAUGCCACAGCGUCCCACAUGCCAGGCCGCAACUCAUUCAGAGCAAUUGUGGGAGCAUUCCACGUGGAAGAGCCAAGGGCAGUCAUCAUGGCAGGUGUUGGGAACUCCGUCAGUGGGCGCACCAGAGAAGUUGUCAUCGCAAACGCAGAUGCCCAGACCACUUGGUGAGAACUCAGGAGUGAAUGUUGAGAGUGCACAGGAAGCUGUUGAUCCAGCCGUCGCCAGGGAGUUCGUGGAGUCGUUCUGCCGCCGAAGAGAACUCACCAAACCUGCCAAACGGGACUUGCUCAACUUGGAUGUUAUGCUCGCGUUCGACAUUGUCAAGGCCUUGGAAGUUGACAAGAAAGACCUGUCACUGCAGCCAGCAGAGUGGAGCAAGAUUGUGGGCUCGCGAGUGGCUGCCAGGGCUGCAGCUGGAGAGCUGGACCAGAGCUUGCUUCAGCGGAUUGAGUGGCUCAUAGCAGAAGUGGUGCGAGCAAGCAUCCUUUCUCAGAAAGUCAUUUCAGAACUACGCUCCACCCUGCGCUCACUUCCGGCGCCAGAACUGGAGGAUGUCUUGCGUGACAACAACUUCACGCAGCGGGUCCCCUUCGGUACCAUCAACAACCCUGCUGCUUAUGCUCACAGGAUAGCAGACAGAGCUCGAAAGCGGCGGGUUGAAACAAUGAUUCCGGACUACAUCGCCCGUUGGAGGUAUUCUCGCCAUACUGAGCAAGCAUUAAGGGAGCUUUGUCGGGCCAAUCCGAUGGGAACGUUAAGGCUCAUGGAGAACCACAAGGCUUCCCGCGGUGAAGCCAGCCUCCUUCGCGACAUACAGGCAACUGAGCAAAGAGGCCGGAGCUACGUGUCUCGAACCCCAUGCCGAUCAGCACAUGAGAACCACAAGCAGCUCGAAAGCGAGUGGUCGGACGAAGAGACUCCAGAAAGGCCCUGUGAGGUGUGGAGCAAUUGGAGGCCCAGUGACUUGCCACGGGUGGAAGUGCGCGCGGGCAAGGAUGACACAUGCGGCGCAGAAGGCAGAGAGCAGAAAGGAGGAGACGCUGGCAAGGCGGCAAGUGUUCCACAAAUCAAUCAUAAGCUUGCCGUCGUCCCGGAGAGCUCGGUGGGUGAAGCCGAACUGGAGGCAGAUGUAACCGGCAACGAAACUGAGCAUAGUGCAGUUCAGCCCAGUGGUGGAGCUGAGCCCCAAGAUGAAGGUGAUCCCUUUGAAGAUGGAUCAGACUCGGAUGACUCAGAUGAUUCAUUGCCGCCAAUGGAGGUCAUUUCCACCCAAGUGGCAAUGGCGCCGCCCAAGACGCAGGUCGCGGUUCACUUUGUGAUUGUCUUAGACAUUUCCGGAAGUAUGUCAAGCUGCGACUGCUACAGCCAUGAGGGAAAGCGGCAGCGGCGAAUUGACGCGGCUCCUUUUCACAGCUAUGCAAAUGUCAUCAAAAUUCUGUUGGAAGAAACCACGUCAUCCCACACUGAGGGUGUUCACCAGGUUCAGGAGACAUUGAGCGAGUUGGCGUGUGACAUCGAAAAAGGGCAGCAAAAAUAUCUUCCCACUACCUCGUGCGGAGACGUUUAUUCUUUCGUCACCUUCAGCACGUGGCACAGAGUCGAGUUCCGCCUCCAGAACGCCACUGCAGCUGCUGAGCAGUUGCAACGACGGUGCAUUGAUCCAGAUGGGCAAACGAGCUAUACAGCCGGCCUCGAAGGGUUGGAAUCUUGCGUAAAGGAGGCAGAAUUGCGCAGCGACACCAAGGGCAGGCCUACGUAUGCGUUGUUUUUGUCGGAUGGUGAGACUUGGGACGCAGAUCAAUUCCUGGGCAAACUGGGAAGCUUGAAGCAGAGCCUCUCCAGCACAAUCCGGUGCCUCAGGCAAAGUUGA